GGAGUGUUCGCGGACAACCUACUCUAAAACACCUUCUUAGCACUUCAAUAAGUCCUCUUCACUCCUCUUCUUUUCCUCCUUCCACGAUUUCCAAACUACAACGACGACACAUUAGAUACCCAGAGCGACCAAUUUCUGUUAGAGAAACACCCUUCUAAAGGCCAUUAAAUACCCACAACACAAUCAAGAUGCCCUUUGGAAUUAAGAAGAAGUCCGCCGGAGAGGAAGACGACUCGAAUCGCAAUGCCCUCUUCGGUAGCCGUAAGAACAAGGCAGCACCCGCAGCAGCCAAUCCUUAUGCCGCCCCUGCUGGCAACGACCCAUAUGCUUCGAGAGCACCGCCACCAUACCAGGGAGGCAAUGAUGACCAGUACCGGCGUGAAAAGUCUCCUGCUGUGACCGGCCCCGGCGGCGCCUAUGGUGGCCAGGAAAGAUAUGGAGCUGGAGGGGGUAACUAUGGCAGCGGUGGAGGUUAUGGAGGUGACCGAUAUGGAGGUGGACAGCAGCAAGACCAAGGAUCUAGAAGACCUGGAGGAUACGGAGGCCUCGGUCGAACUGAUUCGGGCGGCACCGAAGCCGGCAGGAACGAGCUCUUUGGCGGUGCAGCACAACGUCACCAACAGCAACAACAGAGUGGCGGAUAUGGUGGCCCUGGCGGUCCUGGUGGCCCAGGCCCUAGUGGAGCAUAUGGUGGAGAGCAGUCAGGUGCAUAUGGCGGCGGCCAGCAAGGAGGAUACGGCGCUUAUGAUGAUCGCCAGCUCACCGCUGAGGAGCAAGAAGAGGAGGACAUCAGCGCCACAAAGCAGGAAAUCAAGUUUAUCAAGCAGCAGGACGUGAGCAGUACACGAAAUGCUCUCCGGUUGGCCCAGCAAGCCGAGGAAACCGGUCGAGACACCCUCGCACGACUUGGUGCACAAGGAGAGCGCAUUCACAACACCGAGCGUAACUUGGACCUUGCCUCCUCACAGAACAGGAUCGCGGAGGAGAAGGCGAGAGAACUCAAGACGCUCAACAAGUCUAUGUUUGCAAUGCAUGUCGGAAACCCGUUCACAUCAGGUGCUCGUCGUGAAGAGCGAGACCGCAAGAUCAUGGAAACCCACCGCCAGGAACGUGAGCAGAGAGACGCUACCCGCAAAGCUGCCUGGGAAUCCAAUGCCAGGGCAUCAUCAGCCCAGAAGAUGGGCGGCCCAGGAAUGUCUGGUCCCGGAAAGUCGACUCUUGCCGACCGAGCGAAGUACCAAUUCGAAGCCGAUUCCGAGGAUGACGAGAUGGAGAACGAGAUCGAUAACAAUUUGGACCAGCUCCACGGUGCCGCGAAGAGGCUCAACGCUCUCGGACGUGCUAUGGGCGAGGAAGUUGACACCCAGAACAAGCACAUUGACCGCAUCAUCUCGAAGACGGACAAGGUCGACGAGCAAAUUGUGAUGAACCGCGCCCGUUUGGACAGAAUCCAUUAAGUGGUGGUAUAUAACACGACUUGAGCAUGAUAUCAACACACUAUGCUUGGAUAUCGAAUACCAGAGCGUUGACCCCGAUGAUGUAGAAGCGUCGAUGACACUUAUGAAGGAAGUGUGAUGUGACCUCCGUAGCAUGAGUAAUGGACAUAACCCGCACAUCGCAUGUUUAGGCGUUCGUAAAGGCGUAAAUAUGAUUCAAAUACUACCAAUCCUAUCAAUGUGUUAUGCAGAUCACA